AUGCGGCAGGAGGCGGAGAGGAAAGUGGAGAAGGCGAAGAAGGAGGUGAAGGAGGCGAAGAAGGAGGUUCAGGAGGCGGAGAGGAAGGUCCAGGAGGCGGAGAGGAAGGUCCAGGAGGCGAAGAAGGAGGUGCAGGAGGCGGAGAGGAAGGUGGAGAAGGCGAAGGCAAGCGGCCGGACGAAGGAGUCCGAGGCGGAGCCACCCGACUCGAUAUAUCCAACAAUUGCUGAUGUCCUUACACUCCUCCGCGCCCGAUUUUGGAGACAGGCACGGAGCAGUUGGUGCGAGAAGUUGCUCGCGAAGAAGUUGAAGUUUGGAGCAGCCGACCAACUGCUUGCAACAGUUGGGGCCACAUGGGACUAUUGUGGGAAGGAGGAGCUCCGUGAAAGCAUGCAGAUCCCCAUCCAGAAGCUGCACGAGCAAAAGGGGAAGAACAGUGACAAACAGCUUCAUCCUUUGUUCAAGGCAAGUCCCGGUUGCUGA